AUGACCACGACUGAAGAACCAAAAGUCGAAGAAAAACAGCCAGCUGAGAAGAAAGUUGUUGGUGAGUGUCAGUGGUUGUAGGAUUCAACGUUGCAUGGGUUGAAAGCGACAUCGAACAUGUGCGCCGUAAUAGCGUGAAUAUGAAUUGUUAAUGUAUAUUGUCACGAUAGGUUUUCCGGCCACAUGGCUUGCCCUUAUUGCUUAGAUUUCGUUUCAUUUACUGUUACAUUGGUUAAAAAUUUUUUUUGUCUGGUUUCUGUAAAUGACUGACGUGGCUUUUCGAACUUUCUAGCCAGUAAAGUGACCGGUACGGUGAAAUGGUUCAACGUUAAAAAUGGUUAUGGCUUUAUCAACAGGUAAGCGAGAGUUUAAUCUAGUCUUUUCUUUACCGCGCUCGUCCUUUGUCCUUCAACCUCAUUUAAAUAGUUUUGUUUAUUUAGUACCGUUAUUCAAAUCGCCCUCCUGAAAACCGUAUUUGAAAUACGCGAUUGGCGUGGUGGUGAUGGCGAAGGCAUCGCAAGCGAGUUUUCCGUUUCAACCUUGUGGCCACGCUGAGCUAAUUUGCAUAUUUCAGUUUCCCACCUACAAUCACUGCUCAAGUUUCGUUCUAUUUUUCUUUUUUCCCCAGAGAUGACAACAAGGAAGAUAUAUUUGUUCAUCAGGUAAGUCGAUUAACCAGUUUACAUACGUGUAAAAACUUUUUUGCAAGUCUAUGUGUGAAUUAUUGCACGUUGAAGCACACUAAUAGGUUUGAAGGUGUAUUUAAUCUUCGUUUAUUUAAACAGGAUCUAAAAUUAAUGAAUUUUAGAAAGAUAACCACCCGUGGGUCUCUUCAGCCCUUUUUUGCGUUGUCAUUUAUCUUUGUUCUGCUGUCGUCAGUUUCUUCCCUUCACUGACACCUUUUCCUGACCUUUCAGGGCUGUACUCAUCCAGCCACAAUUCUUUUUCACAUCCCUCUUGUUAUUUCUCUGUUCUUGCUAAAUAGCAGUACUUCACUCAACUUCAUGUUCGGUGUAUAGAAUUGCCAUAGGCUUAUUAUUUAUCUACACAUCAUUAUGAUAAACUUUUCACUGUCCAAGUCACAUGGUAGAGGUCAUUGAUUCACCAGUGUUGAUUUAUGAGAUCAAGAGCCUCUAAACCUGAUGUGAUCAUCUUGGAUCUACCCCAGUGAAAUACCGUAUAGAACAACAGCAACGACCCUUCUUUACUUCAAGCAGAAAAUAGAAUGUUUCCAUAGGGGGACUUUUAUUUUGAAGGUACAUUUGGAAGUUGAAAUUUGGCAUGAUUUUUCUCAGGAAAGAUUAAUAUUAGGGAUCUUUUGUUAGUGUGCUUAAGUGCAUGUGAUGAUGACAUAUGUGAGGACAUGAAUGGAGUUGUUGGUGGUUGGAUGGUGAUGGCCACAUGUAUGUUCAUACCAUACCAUACCAGAUAGAUUUUUUUUGGCUGACCCAGAAAUAAUAUAUAAUGUAUAUAAGGUAUUUAUUGUUAUUAUUAUUGCUCAAGCCUGAGUGGGCUCUGAGUCAAUAGCCCAUGAAAUUGGCCAUUGACUCAGAGGCCACAAGGGCGAGAGGAAUAAUUAUUGUUUUAGUAAAAUCCAACUAGUCGGUCAAAAAUAUCAAGACAAAACAAUUUCAGCCCGCAAAAUGCAAUUCAGCUGCCAGUGAUUUGGUUUUCAAACCCGGUGCUUUUCACUUGUAGUUGGCUUUAACAUAUAGCCUAGUAGUAGCUCAAUCAUCAGAAUGCAGCAUUGAUAAUGGACCACUAGUUGGAUUUUACUAAAAUUUGAAUAGCUAUGCCAUAAAACAGGACCAAGGUUGUUUUUAAACCAGUGGUACUAAUUAAUCAAACAGAAGCAUGCAUUAUGAUGUGUCAGUGGCCCGCAUCACAGACAUGAUCUAACCCCUCGUCCGUGAAGAAAUGCUGGCAUUGUUGUUCUUGGCCCCCAACUGAUUCAACGAAUUACCAGAAGUGUGUUGAAUUUCCCUUUAUCCUGAUUGGCAAAUAAAAUAUGGCUUUUUUAACAGGCCAAUCAUGACUCAUACUCAAACCUUAGUACACAGAUGUGGGCCCAGAACAAGGAUUUUAAAGCUGGUUUGCAUACAGAGUUUAUCAGAAGUUUAGUUCUGUCUGUGUUGCAGGCUAUAUGUGUCAGUAGCAUUAAUUUUUUCUGGUUUUACCUGUUCGCCUAUUCACAUUUGCUCCCCAAAAAAGGUAUAUACCAUCCUUGCAAGGUUGCAUUUCGGAAGGUGAAGGGGGCAGGGUUGGAGGCCAAGUACAGUAAAAAUAUGUCUUAACUGGAACUUCAUGUUAAUUAAAUUAGGCCUAUCUGGUUUGAAUCAUAGACGGAUUGAAAGCUUCCCUGUUAGUUGUGAACAGAGUUGUAAAGUACUCGCCUGGCUUCACCUGUUUACUCUACUCAAAGCCCUAAGAGUAAUCAGUAUCAAAUUCCUCCUUGCAACAUCAGUACUUUAUAAAACAGAUUGAUGUUGAGAAUUGAGGACUUGAUCAAUCAAGAUGAAUCUAAUUAUUGAUAUUUUAACAAAUUCUCCACACUUCUUAGAUAGGAAACGUGUAAGGAAAAAAAAUGAGAAUCUGAAUUUUGAUGUUAGAGUUUAAAGGGUUGCAUGUGUUAAUUUACAGACUGCCAUCAAGAAGAACAAUCCUAAGAAGUACUUGCGCAGUGUUGGAGACGGGGAAACUGUUGAAUUUGAUGUAGUAUCAGGAGUAAAGGUGUGUUAUUUCUGCAUCUCUUUGUCUAAUAUGAUAUCAGAACCAUGACACAGGUAUAAUCCUGUUUCCAUGAUAAGCUGGCUAUGACACGUGAAGUGUGAUUACAGUUGGACUUCUCCUUUGGGACACCUCUAUGCAAGGGAUGUCUCUAUUCAGGAGACACAAAAUCUGGUCACGGAAAACUGUUCACGUAAUCCUUGUAUUUGUAACCUUUUUGUAAGGGACAUAGGUCUCUAUUCAGGGGAAAGGGACACUUUUACAGGGACCCAAAACCAGGAUUUAACCUCCACUCAGGGGACACCUUAGUGCUCAAUAAGUGACUGACCACAAAAAGCAUUGAUAAGUUUAACUAGUCACAAUAGCAGCACUUUUCAAAAUACAAUCUUUCACACUGAAAUCAAUGUUCUGCACUUGUGGGAAUUCAACACAAAACAGUGCAGAAAUAAGUUCAUCUUGAUUUUUAAACAUUAUCUAGCUGCUUGAAAUAAUGACUGCAGCAGUUUCCGAGUCAGGGACACUCUAUUCAGGGACAAUUACUUUGAUCCUGAGGGUGUCCCCUGAAUAGAGGUUUCACUGUCAUUCUCGUCUGUUCUCACACUAUUUGCAGUGGCUGUAAAAUUUGUUUCUUGUGAAAUUUUUUGCUACGUUGUGGUUUCUUGUAGUAGUUUCUUAAGUGGAAAUGAAAUUUUAUCAAAGAUCAUGCUAAGCUCCUCCUUUCUUUUUCCACCUUUUGCUGGAAAUGAAAUUUUAUCAAAAAAAGAUAAUUGUAAGAAAAAUAUCCUCCGAUUUCGAAGUUAGAAUUAUUUUCCACAAACUAAUUUGCUGGUCUAAGUUCUCGGAAAAAUAUCUGCCAAAAUGGAGAGCCCUGAGUUCUCACAAUAUUGCCAAAUGGGGCUUACAGAAACUGUGACAUGGCUCUUAUCAUACUGUACUUAAAGCAUGUUUUUGCGUUUCAUUGUUUUAGGGUCUUGAAGCAGCCAAUGUGACAGGACCUGAUGGAAGCCCUGUGCAAGGAAGCAAGUAUGCACGUAAGUACUUGGCAAAAUGAUGCUUUGUUGCCUAAUUACUUGGAAAUAAAAAAAAGUGACAAUAGUUUGUCAAAAGAAAUAUUGUCUGGAAAUACCCUUCAUGCAAAAGCUUGAAAAUUAAAUGUCAGCAACAACACCUAAGAUUUAUUCUUUAGUUUCUAAAACUACAUCUGAAGUGAUUGUCUUUCCUUCAAGUGCCUAAAAGAGCUCAUAAACUUUGCUCGCUUGUUCUCCCAUUUCAGACAGUGUGAUGUUGCUUUCAUAUUCUUUCCUUUCUGAGUUUAGAUGAUCACAUAAAUUAUGUAUUAUUAUUUAAAAACAUCAAAAUUUACUUUACCUGAAGAAACUAAUGUACCAGUACCAUGAUAAAGAGGACUAUUACUGUGAUGUCUGGGGCUUUAAGUACAUGUAUCUCAGUGCUAGAGAGGUAUUGGCUUCUUGUUGAGAAACGAAGCUGGAAAGAAAUUGGCUGUAAUGUUUUAGCGAAAAAUGUUUGUGAUCUCAGCAGGUCUGUGCUCUCUCGAUGGCCUCUGAUGCCUUAGUUUUGCUCUUGGGCAAAGUUCUACAGAUACAAAAUUGUAGCUUUUGUCUAGAAAUCCUGUGCUGAACACCCUGGAAGAGCACUGGGCUCCCUUCAAUUUUUCUUAGAGGAGAGCCUUGAUCAACCUCGCAUGUUGUUUGAGUAAACAUACUGUUGAACUGAAUAUGAAAUAACAUGACUGUAUUAGUUUCUUUUUCAUUCAUUGUUUAAGAAAUGGGUCGGUGGACGUGUAAAAUUGUCUUUUGUAGGAUUCUAAUCUCAAUAAUGCUCUUGUAAUUUCAGCGGACCGCCGAAGAAACUACUAUCGCAACUACUAUAAUAAUCGUCGUGGAAGACGCCGUCCCAGAGGAAGGCCUAACGUCGCUACAAACGGCGAAGUAAGAUCUGGGGACGAGAAUGAGACCAAGGAAGAGGAAGAAUCAGGUGACCAGCGGGAAAGAAAUGACAACGAAGAAAGACCACGCCGCAGACGGUAUUACGGCCGACCACCCCCCUGGGCUAGGCGCCGUCGCCGUCCACCGCCUCCCCGGGAUGAGUCAGGAGACCAGUCUGAGGAGGGAAAGGGUGAUGAGCAGAGAGAGGAGUCAGGUGAUGGAGAGGAGAGGAGACGACCUCGUCGUAGGCGCCGUCCAAGGUACAGUUCACAAGCAUUGUGGUGUGCACUAUUCUUUAUUACGCUUAUUUCUCAAAAUAAGCUUAUGUUGCUGUCUAGUAUUGCUUAUGUACUUUAUUUUGUCCCUGACCUUAGUAGGGAAUGGUUUAAGCUUCCCCAAUCCGGCAAAAAAUCAAAAGUUACUCUGCUGUAUUAUUUUGACUUGUUACUAGUUAUUUGUAUAAGAGGGCAUCGUUCUUCAUUCAGAAUUGUAAUUGAAAGGUUUUAUUCAAAGCUAUCAGAAGUGAUCAUCGUGGUCAAAACUAUUAAUUGUCAUUGUUAACCCAUAACAAAGUUCUCUAAUUUUGAUGCAGGAAUUGAAAAAAGUCCUGUCCGGUCAUCUGGGACAAGUAGUUUUUCUUGCUGGGAAAGUAACUAUUAAAGCCCACUUGCACGAUGAGCAAUGGUCCCAAGGGAGUGUCUACAGACCGAAGAUCGAAGACCCAAUCCCCGAAGACGCAAUUAUCUGAGACACAAAAAGGAUACGGUCUUUGUGUUGUAGUUUGCCCUAGGUCAAACUACAAAAUGAAGACCCUAUCCUUUUCGUGUCUCUGGGCAUAUGGUAAUUGGGUCUUCGGUCUUUGUUUUGUAGACACCGGGUCCCAAGGAAGUCAUCAUCUAACUAAAUCAUUAGCUAAGCUCAACAAGUAGUUGCCCCAGGUAGGCAAAAUGUGAGAGUGCUUGCCCAAAAGAAUGUGCGGGAAUUCAAGUUUUUCCUAGCGCUGUUUUAAAGUUAUUACGAAUUUAAACCUGGCUUUUAUGAUGAGUCAUUUUGUUUGCAGGCGCAGGCCUGAACAAGGCCCAGAAGGCGAGGAGAGGGAAGAGCGAGGCGAACGUGACCAGGAAGAGGAAGGCGGGGAAGGUGGAGAAGAGGUACGUAACCAGCAGAGUCAUUUCUAUUUUAACAUUUUUUUGGUACUAGGGUCCCGAAAAUGAUGCCGGUUACCAGACAAUGAUCUUGUUUUGAUGGCCAGCUAAGUUUUCAUUAUUCCCCACUCUGAAAAAAAUGCUUUGUUUUACUACCGCAAAUGCUCAAAUUAGCGGCUGGGGCGCUUCCUUCGUUUUUUAGAGUGUGCUCAAUCCUAAAAUAACUUUAGUAUUUCCAGUAAAUACACGUUGAAACUGUCAACUACAUCGUUAGUCCUUUACUCAGCCGUUUUUAGUGUCGUCACGCAACGCUCCUCCCAACAAAGCAGCCGUUUGUCGGAAGGGGCGUAGCGGUGCAAGACGACACUAAAUAUGGGUGUGUAGCAGACUACUACAACGUAUCCUGAAGAAGUAGCACAAAUAUAUGUGUGCCAGUACAUUUCAAAGUCAUAUUUCCUCUCAUCUUCUACGUUCUGGCAUUGAAAUCCUCCUAUUCUACGGAAGAGAGAGGACUUUAUUUGAAAGGGGGCGCCAAUUCGAACAUGAUUUCACGUUGUGAGCAAACUCUUAGGGAGCAAUUUGAAACUUAAUAACUUAUUUAUUGCUCUCGUAGCAUCCACCUCAAAAUCGUCGCCGUCGUCGUCGUCCGUACAACCGGAGAUAUCCUCGACGUCCUCGUGGAGAGGUGAGCAUUACAACCCCCUUCAAAUCCUCUGUAGCUGAAAGUAAUGUUUGUAUUUACAACAGAAAGUCAAAUCGAUCUUAUUCCUUGUGCGCCUUGCUUCUUUUACACCGACUGUGUCAGAAAAGUUAGCACUGUUAUCUUUCUUGAAGGAGGUCAAGUCCUCUCUGACGAUCAUAGCCUGCGUAGCUGGGGUUUUUUCGGUGCGUUUUUCCUCUCUGGUUCGUAAGUAAGAGAUUCAACCGCGCGAAAGCUGAACCGAGGACGAAAAAGAAAACGAUGGGGGAGGGGGGCACCAUUUGAUAAAUGGCGACGGCUAUCAUGUUUUCCCGCAAAAUGACGCUGAUUAACGCGUGAGCACUACUUAGUAUUAAGAAAGGCUUGUUCUCGAAUCAAAAGGUUAUCUGGCCCUUCAACUCCCAGUCUCUGGUGUAGAGCUGCAAAUGACAGGACUAAAAUUUGCUAUGUGUCCGACAGAAUGCUGCCUGCGGUUUAACAUGUUGACUGUACAGAUUACAUAGUAUACACCAUCAUUUUGAGGCAUAAUAUUUGCAUGGCACUUUUAAAAAAGAUUUGAAAGUCAACUUAAGUUUCUGAUUGGUUCAACUAAAAUGGUAUCCAGGUCGGACAAGACACACGCCCCUGUGUAUAAAGAAAAAAUCUUGCAUAUCUUUAGCUUACUCGUGAAUGUUCACAGACCUAACUUGCGAGAAGAGGUUUCUCUCUGGCAUCGCUUUUAGCAUUUGCAAGGUAACUACUUGACAGCAACGCGGACGACUUUGUAAAUCAGCUAAAAACAUGCUGGAAAGGUUGUUUAUUCAAAAUGCCCGUUCUUUUUAUGUAAACAGGACGGGGAAAGAGAGAAAGAAGACCAAGAAGCAAAACCCGAGAAAGAAGAGGCUACCAAAGCCGACGGUACCGCGGAAUAA